AUGGAGGAGCAUACAGAAUCAUCACCUACAUUGCAGGUAGAACAUUCCUCCCUUUGGGCAGAGAAUCUGGUUCUUCAGCAACAACUACAGCAUCUGACCAAGGAGAACACCACUCUGAGGGAACAAGUCAUGCCUGCUCUGGUCACCCCAAUGAUGCCUUUACUCUGUUCACUUACGAAUCUCUCCCACUUUCAUGGUGACCCUGCCAGUCUCUCAGGGUUUCUUGCUCAGGUAGCUAACUACUUGACAGCUCUCAAGAUCACCAAUCCUGUACAUGAUGCCCAAGUAAAGCUCUUUUCUGACUACCUGUGUCAGCAGAUGGAAAGUUGUGGGAUGGUAUCUAGGUCUGACGAGAGUGCUCUGUUGAAGCAAUAUGAGAACUUUGUUCUUGAGCUCCAGCGGUCAUUUGGUGAGUCCAAAAAACAGGAAAUAAACCCUCCGGUGAAUGCUAAGGUUGACAAAGGGAACAACUCUUCUCAGCAGGAUGCUACUACUUUUCAGCUUCUUGCUCAAAAUCUGAGCUGUAAUGAAACCAAUGAGAGUGAUCACUUCCAAGAGGGACUAGCUGAACCCAUUCAGGAUGAAGUGAGUGGCACAGAUAUGGUGGACAACCUCCCAGACCUGAUCACUCAGUGUAUUCAGUUGGACAGGAAACAUAACAACAGGCCAGAGCUCUUACAGUCAGAGGCCAGACUCCCAGUGUUGUCUCCCAUGAUCCACUACCAAACCCUCUCCAGCGCCACAUGUCCAUCAUCCAAGGAAGAGCUUAUACAGCUGCGAGGAAGCCAGCCACCUCUCACUCCAGCCAAACGAGCCCGCCAGCAAGAAACUCAGUUGUGCCUCUACUGCAGCCAGGCUGGUCACUUUACAAGAGAUUGCCUUGCGAAACGAUCUCGAGCUCCAGCAAGGAUAAAUAACCCAGUUCACCAGUAA